AUGCCUGUGCCCAAGUGGGGAAUCUGGAGCCAGGAGGGCGGCGGGGGAAGAGGAGGUGCAAGGCGAGCCCUCUGCGCAAUUGGGCUACGGGCGGCCGCUGGCAGAAGGGCCGGGCCUGGCACCGACGCAAGCUCGGGGAGCGCGGGCGGUGGGAGGCGGCGCGUGUUGAACAGGAAGUGCGCGGCGUGCAGCGCCACCGUCCCUCUCCCCGCCGCCCCACGCCGCCCUAGUCGCCGCGCCCCGUCCCCUGCGGCCGCCGCCGCUCAAGACUCGCUCCGAGCUGGUUUCGGACCCAUCCCGCCUCCCGGCGUCUCAGCCUGUGCUCGACCCCUUGAAACACGCCCCCGCCCCCGCCCCGCCGCAGACCCGGCAGCCAGGAAGCCCACGGCCUCGGGGGGCUGCGCGCGGAGCAGCACGUGCUUCGCUAAACACCGCAGCCCCAGGUCCUGCCCCGCCCCGCGCGCGCACUCGAACCCGCCCAGAGAGCGGUGCGCGGCGCUGGGUGCGAGCAGGGUCUCCCCAUCCCCACCCCCACCCCCCCACCCCCCCCCACCCACCCCACCCGGCUUUUUUCAGGUUCAUCAAGGUUUGCAUAGUGGAUCCGCGGUAAGUGCGUGUCCCCCCGCCGCGGGAAACGUGGGGCUUCUGAGACUGCGGAAAGAAUUGGGAGAAGGAGAAGGAGAGGGCUCGGAGAUCCGGACGAGGGUUCCCCGUGCUGCCCAGAAUGAAGCCAGCCUGGAAGAUCCCCAGUCUCCAGACAGAGCCUGACAGGGGCAGAUGCUCUGGGAGGACCCUGCCUGGGUUCAGCAACCAAGCAGCCAUCCUGGCCCCACAGGUGUGGGUGUCUGGGUCUUCUCCUGGCUGGCUUCUUGCUAGAGGAUUUCAAGAGACCCAGCAAGACUGUAUUAUCCCACUGAAUGCUCAAGAUAUUGGUUAGAAGUAGAAAAGGGGAGGGGCUAGUAUUUAGCCUCUGUCCCCCCUCAAAAUUAUUCCCAAUUGUCAUUUGUGUCAUCUCUUUAGCUUACAGUUUUAAUCCUUGUCAAAAUGAUCAUUUGCCAGGGUGCAAAAACCUGAUGCAGGUUUGAUGAGAACUGGUUUUAAAGGAAAAUGGGGCCAUCAGAAGAAAGCGGGUGGUGUGAAGAGACAUCUGGGAAGAGCCCUGGUGAGGACCCUCAUUCCACUGGGUGACCCAGAAGAAGAAAACGGCGAUGGCACUUCUCAUUCGAAAUGUUUUCUUUAUGGACAGUGUUUAGCAAUUGUUAUAAUGUGUACUUUUGUUGAUUGAUCUGUGUAAAUAUGUAAAAUAAUUUGUUCUCUGAGUUAAUUUUGUUGGAACAAAGACUUUAGUGCUUCCUAAAUUAAAACAUUUUACUGUA